CGAGCGCGCGAACGGUGUCUGCUCGUACGCACCUCGCGCGGCGGCGACGAGUACCAUACGAAACAAAAAAACAGACACCCCACUGGUUUCGUACGCCUGGACGCGCCGUACAUCCGUUCAAACGCGUGCUCUCGUCGUCAACGGCAUCUAACGAUUGCGCCCGACCGAAUCGACGUUUCAUCAGGAUUCUGCGCGAGGCGAGUAAGGGAGCGAUGGACAAUAUAGAUAACGUGCGCGGUACGGCGGUGUUGGACUCACCGUCACUGAAUAAAGGCACGGGAUUCACAUUUACGCAGCGUGAGCGUCUGGGCUUGCGCGGUUUGCUUCCGCGCAAGUACGAAACCGUCGAGAUUCAGGUGAAACGCGCGUGGACGCAGUUGUGCGCGUUCGAGGAAGAUAUGAACAGGUAUAUCUUUCUCGAAAAUUUGCACAUGCAGAACGAGCGGUUGUUCUAUCGCGUACUCGUGGAACAUCUCGAAGACUUGAUGCCGAUCGUGUACACGCCCACCGUCGGCGAGGCGUGCAUCAACUUUGACGCACUCUACCGUAAUCGCUGCGGAAUGUAUUUUAGUCGGUUAGAUUCCGGCGUGAUGCGACGGAUGCUUGAUAAUUGGCCUUCUCCCGAGACCGAAAUCAUCGUCGUCACGGAUGGAGGCCGAGUGCUCGGUCUCGGCGAUUUGGGCACAAAUGGGAUGGCCAUCUCGGUUGGAAAAGUGAGUCUCUACGUUGCGAGUGGAGGCUUCGAUCCGGCGAAGUCGAUGCCGGUUUGCUUGGAUUUGGGCACAAGCAACGUCGCUCUGCGCGCGCACGACUUCUAUCUGGGUGCGGAUGAACCCCGCCUUACGGGUGACGCGCAUCUCGCCGUGGUGACAGAAUUUUGUCUCGCCGUAAAAGAUAAAUGGCCGAAUUGUCUGAUUCAGUUUGAGGAUUUCAAAACUGAAGACGCGUUUAGGAUUCUCGAUCACAUGCGCCAUAAGGUUUUAUGCUUCAAUGACGACAUACAAGGAACCGGGGCGACCAUUUUAGCAGGCCUCAUCAACGCGCUUCGAGCGCAAGGAACGCCGACAAAAGACGCGCGAAUAAUAUUUUUCGGCGCGGGUUCGUCGGCCAUCGGAGUGUCGACGCAGAUCAUACAGCUACUGAUGAGCGAGGGGUUGAGCGAGGAGGACGCGCGGCAGUCGAUUUAUCUAAUGGACUCUAAAGGUUUAAUCACUGACCAACGCGAGGAUUUCGCAGGACUCUCGGAUCAAAAGAAGCAGUUCGCGCAAGUCGGUGUCGAACCUUGCGACGACUUGGGCGCUCUGAUUCAACGCGUAAAGCCGCAUGCAUUGUUUGGGUUGUCUGGUUUUGGUCCUGUGUUUACGCGGGAACACAUCGAAAUGCUGUGCGACCACAUCGGCAAGCCCAUCGUGUUUCCGCUCUCCAACCCGACAAGUAAGGCGGAAAUCACCGCGCUUGACGCGUACACUUGGUCCAAGGGAAAGUGCUUAUUUGCUGCGGGAUCGCCGUUCGAUCCAGUCGUGAUCGAUGGUAAGACGUACACGCCUGGUCAAGGGAACAAUAUGUUCAUCUUUCCCGGCGUCGGCUUCGCCGCCGUGAGCAUUCAAGCAGAAUACGUUCCGGAUUCCUUCUUUCUUUGUGCCGCGCGCGCGCUCGCCGCUAUUGUCCCCGAUGAGGACGUUCGCUCUGGCACCAUUUAUCCUUCUGUUUCUAUAAUCCGUGACAUCUCUCGUCAAGUCGCCGUGGCCGUGGCGAAUCACGCGUACGACGUCGGCGUGGCCAAGCUCUAUCCGCGACCGGGCGACAUGAACGCAUUCAUCGCCGAGCGCAUGUACUUCCCCAUGAACGACGGCGCGGUCUGAGCGUGUCAACAUCGCGUGAUUUCUGACGCCGCGAUCGCGCGCCGUUGCGAAAGCAGCCCGUUCUCUUGUAA